CUAGAAACAACUUGUGAUCUGAGACCUAUUUGAUAAUUUGCUUGGAACAGCAAAUAUUUAAUAUCUCCAUCAAAUCCAAUCCCCAUUCAACCAACCAGCGUCCUUUCCAUCAAGCAAAGAUAACUCCCUCUGUAACUCUCUCUCUCUAGAACGUUUCUCGAACUGCGUAAACCGUAAAUGGCGGAUCAAGAGCCAGAGGUAAUCAACGGAGUGGAAGCAAGCAAGAAGAGAGGGGACAAAUGCGAUCAAGAAAUUGAUCUGUAUACUGUUAUCCACCGUGUGAUUGUUAUGAUCUUGUACCCUGAUCCAGGAAGCAGUGCAUCAUCAACUUCUCUGCUGCAGCGGAUCAAGAUUGUGUUAUCGGAGAACUUGCCUUUGCUUGGCGAAGGUUCUAGAAACAGUGGAAAGAAGCUUCUUCAAUGGAGUCAGCGAGGCAGUCCUUUAAGAGCUCUCCUUGUUAUCUCUGUUGGGACCAUUGCUCUUCUUUCCUUGACAGGAGUGCUUGUAUUUAUGCUCUUCUUUCUGGCAGCUACUUUCAAUGCUAUUGUCAUCUCUCUUCUCAUGUCCUUGGCAGCUGCAGGAGGCUUCUUGGCUCUGUUCUUUGCUUUUCUGACAGCUAUAUACAUAGGGGCAUUAUCAGUAGCUGUAUUUGUCAUUUCCACUGCCACGAUUUCAGCAACUGUAGCUGUUCUGAUCGUUACAGGUUGGAUUGGAUUCUUCUGGACUGUCUGGCUGGUGACAAAGAAAAGCAUUGGAGUUGCCAAGCACUCGUUAAUAGUGACUGGGUCAACAAUUUCAGCUUACUCUACUGCCAGGCAUGCUAAGGACCACUAUAACUAAACAAGUUGGAAGCUUGAAGUGUCGUGGUGAUCAGAUGUUCACUCAUGUAAACAUCCUCUUAUGACCUGGAUAUCAGUACUUGUUUUUGCUUUCAAUAAUCUCCCAGGAACUGCUGCGAUUGAAGCGUCUAUGAUCAUUGAUUGUUGCUUGUGUAUAUCCUGGAAGCAUAUGAUUAGAUUUGUAGUGUAGUUUGAAAGCAUAUAUGGUUCAUGAUUUAUGUUUUUUUUUUUUUUGUUAA